GUGACUUUGAGCACCCUACAAGAUAGUCCCAGCCAUGCAGAUGCAUGUAAUUGAGUGUCUUUUUAGAUGUAUGAGCACUGUCCUUGUCCAUGUAUAAUGUCCACUCUCCACCACGGUGAAGUAAUUCAGUGUGUAACGCAGGUAAGAUCUUCUCAAUAAAUACCUUACUUGUCAUUUUGCCAUUACUGUGAGACGUCUCAUAUGGCAUACACCAUGCAAAGUCAUAGCCAAGCACACAGAAGAGAUGGAACUUUCUCUCCUUUACUACCUCCUCUGGCUCUUGCUUUCGGUGCUUAUCAUACUGCACAUUCUCUGGCUUAUUUCUUUCACCCUUGCCUUUUCUCCUCUUGAUCUUGCGCUUGUGUCGUGGGCCAGUUUUCCAGUGCAACUCAUCACACCACAAGACACUCUUCCAAUUUUUGCCAUGGGGACGCUUUUGAAGCUGGGUAUCACACCACUCACGACGCUCACGCUGACGGUAGGGAGGAUGCUCAUCCUCUUGAGCUGCGAUAUGCUCAGUGAGAGGAGCAAUCUCCUGCACUCGGCGCCAUAUUGUAAUGCGUGAAUAGGCCUCUUUCCUACCCUUUGCAACAACCCCAGCCUCAACCUGUAUGUCCUGCCAUGUAUCUGCUUUCUUUUCAAACUCGCAGUGAUCUAGAUAGUCGACUAUCGCGUGUGCGUCGGCUCCGGUAAGCUGUCGUGGUGCACCUCGUGCGUCUAGAUAAUCGCUG